AUGUUGGUACAGAUGAUCCUCAAAAAAAUGUUUAUUUAUUUAAAUAUCUAGAGGAAUUUAUUUUCGAUGGUGAUCCAUAUGAUAUUUUACCAAAGUUAUGCAAAUUAGAUAAUCCACCUUCAGUUUGUGGCAGGGUAUUUAAAAUGGGCGAAACCAACAAUAGUUGCAGAGAAUGUGGAAUGGAUCCCACAUGUGUAUUAUGCGUGGAUUGUUUUAAACAUUCUGCACAUAGAAAUCAUAAAUAUAAAAUGGGCACAUCCAAUGGAGGAGGAUGCUGUGAUUGUGGUGAUAAAGAAGCUUGGAGACGUGAACCCUUCUGUGAUACUCAUAUUGCCGGUGCAUUAGUAGAAAACUCAAAAGAUUCUAGACUACCACCUGAUAUUUUAGCUAGAAUGCGUAUUACCUUAGAAGCAGUUUUGUGGUAUUGUUAUAAUUUAUUGACUUUGGAACAUGUUCCUGGUUUACCAAGUGAUUUGAUGCCAACCAUCAGACCUGAAAAGUUUGACAGCAUGGCUUUAUAUGAGACACCUGACACUUAUUGUACAGUUUUAUACAAUGAUGAAACACACACAUUUGAACAGGUUAUUCAUACUCUCAUUCGAGUAAUUCAAUGCUCUCAGAAAGAUGCUAUUGAGUAUGUUACAAAUAUUGAUCGCGAAGGCAGAGCAGUAGUAAAAUGUGCUACUUUUCAACACUGUGAUACAUUGAAAACAGAGAUUGAGCGAUAUACUGCAAGACAUGCAUCAGUUCCACUUAAAGUUGUAGUUAUGCACUGUGAUGUAAUCUCACAUCAAAUUCAUGCUUUAAAAAUGUUAUCUUGGUUGCAAGGAUUUUUAAGCCAAUUAGAGGGAUUACGCUUAAUAUUUAGUGAGGUAGCUUUGAAGGAAAGAGCUGAUGGUUCAUCAAUUAUUGAGGGUAUACUACAAAGAGACUUUUAUCUUUGGAAAGCGGCUAGAUCAAGUUGGCAUCGUUUGUUUAUAUCUGGAAUGUUAUUAGAAUACCAGAGCAAAAAGGCUCUUGCAACAGUAUUCACUAAGAAUUACGGAUCAGUUAUGAAAGAUUUUAUUAAAGAUGACCAUGACCCUUCUUUUUCAAUCUCGUCAUUGAGUGUGCAAAUAUUUACUGUUCCCACCCUGGCACAUUAUUUAAUUGCAGAACAAGAUGUUUUGUUCAUUCUAAUGAAUACAUUUUUAUCAGAGUGUGCUGAAAAAUGUAAUGAUGAAGGAAAAUUAGUUUUCACAAAAUCAAGACAGAAUCAGAACAGCUCACAAAAUAAUCAUAAUAUGCUGGCAUUUAAAAGGGCACAAUAUAUAUUAUAUGACCUUCGCUAUCUUUUAAGUGCAAAACCAGAAGUCUGGACUGAAGAGUUGCGAAAAGGCUUUUUGGUUGGUGUAGCUCAAAUACUUAAGUUGUUUUUUUGCAUGCAAGGUAUGGAUGCUGUUGUACGUCAAAUGGGACAUCAUGUAGAUUAUGAACCAGAGUGGGAAUCUGCUUUUAACUUACACAUAAAACUUGCACAUAUCAUAACUUUGAUGCUAGAAUGGUGCUCAACAGAUAUGGCUGUUCUUUUAAAUGCUUACAAAUGCACUUUAAAAAAGCUCAUAUCGAAUAUGGACUCAGAUAUAACUACUAAAGUUCAUGAGUUGGUUGACCAUAGCGCAUCGUGCAUAGUUUAUGACGUAUCAUCUCAACCUGUUUCCAUACAUUUACCUUUAUCUAGAUUUCUUGCAGGUUUGCACUUGAAUUUAGAGAAGUUUAAUUUGAGCUUCUAUAGCGAUAAACUUACAGGAACAAUUAAACCUGUACCACCUGAACAUAUAAUAGAACCAGUAUUAAGAACACAAGCAUUGAUUGCACAAGUCAAUGCAGGAAUGUGGCGUAGGAAUGGGUAUUCCCUGUUAAAUCAAGUGUAUUUUUAUCACAAUGUAAAAUGUAGGUCAGAAAUGUUAGAUAAAGACAUUGUGUUACUUCAAAUUGGUGCUACUUUGAUAGAAAGCAAUGAAUUUUUAAUUCAUGUUCUGCAUAAAUUCACUUUAUUGAAUUGGAUAGAUCCAAACUUUGAGAGAAAAAGUUUAGUUCGGAACCCUGAAGAAGACACAAUGCGGCAGAUUAUUAACCUUGUCGAAGAGUUUUUAGGACUUUUAAUUACUAUAAUUGGUGAAAGACAUGUUCCUGGCAUAAGCCAUUGCACUAAUGAUGAUAGAAUUAAAAAAGAAAUUAUACAACAACUUUGUAUUAGGCCAAUGCCUCACUCAGAACUCAACAAAACAUUACCAGAUGACAUACACCAUGAAACUGGUUUGGAAAAUGUUAUAGACCAGGUAGCUAAUUUUAAUAAACCUACAAAUUCGGGUGGAAAAGGUAUAUACGAAUUAAAACCAGAAUUCUUUGAUGAAUAUAAUGUAUUCUUUUAUCACUACACUCGUGAAGAGCUUUCUUUAUCAGAAGAAACUCAAAGAAGUCGACGGAAGGCAGCUGGUCAAUUGGAAUGUUGUCCUCCACCCAAGUUGCUUAAAUUGAAAGAUUCUUUCAGCAUUUUAAGUAAUUUACUACAAUGCGAUAUUAUGUUAUUCAUUAUGCAAACUGUCCUUACUCGAAGCAUUGACUUAAGAGCUAGAAGUUUUUCGGAAACACAAUUACAUAAGAUAGUACAUCUUAUAGGAUAUGCCUUGCAGGAGGAAGAGUCACAGAAUUAUCCUUAUUUUACUUUUACAACUAGAGCUCAAAAGUGGAAUAUUUUAAAGUAUUUGGAGCAAUUAGUGAAUAGCCCUCGGGUGGAAAUUCAUAAAGAUUUAUUAACUUGGGUAGUUACAAAGUAUAAGCAGAUGACUAGUGAUUCUGCCAGUUUGGAAAAGACUCCUACUUUGGACACUUCUACUUCUGAGUCUAAUGUAUCUAGCAAGGAAUGGCGUACAAAAAUGGCAGCACAGCAAAGAGCGAAAAUUAUGGCUCAAAUGGCAUCCCUACAGACAAAUUUUAUGAAAAAAAAUGCAGAUGCUUUUGCAGCAGAAGCAGAGGAAAGCACAGGAACUAGUGAUAACCUAAUAGAAGCUGAUAAUGUUAUUCCAGAUAGUUCACAACAACCAAUAUGUUUAGGACCUAAUCAAACUUUUAGAUUUGUUGAACAACAGAAGUACACCUGUAUUCUUUGUCAAGAGGAUAGUAUUGUUUCUGUUGAUGGACCACCUUUGGUACUAUCUGCUUUUGUCCAGCAAUCCACUGUGUUAUUCCAGCACAGAGGAUUAGACUCAAAACUUGCAUUCAAGGAAAGUCCUUAUUUUUUAAGUCCUGCCCUUGGUUCAGCGGCUCAUACUAGCACUUGUGGACAUGUUAUGCAUAGCUCUUGUUGGAAUAAUCAAAUGCAAUCUAUCAGUGCUUCUGAAGCAAGGAGGCCGUACAGAUUACGUCAACUCUCCAGUUAUGAUGUGGAUAAAAAGGAAUUUCUUUGUCCUCUUUGUGAAUGCCUCACAAACACUGUUAUACCCGUAGUACCUCCUUUAUACAAUAUUCAACCUAAUAAUCAUGUAGUUUCUGAUUUAACCUUUGAACAAUUUGUACAAUGCAUACAGCAAACUGUUUCAUUAUCGUUGGUGUUGCAUGAACGUCAUACUGAUGAUAAACUGGUUGAAUUUGAUGAAUUAUUUGGUGAACAUAAAGAGAAAGUUCUCGAAGGUCUAACAUUGCAAACUGAACUUAUUAAACCACCACAAUUACAAACUGUUACAGAUAGUUUAUCGACAGAUGUGGGCUGUUCUUUCCAAAGACUAUUUCCUACAUUUAGUGCAAUUAAAUUCAGCAAAGAAAUCAUUGAUGCUCUUACACUAUUUGCCAGAGCGAGUACAGUCAAGUCACUCACAUCUUCAACUAGAUUAAAUGAGCCAAUGAUGUGUUUUAGAACUUGCACAUACACUAUUCUGUCUCUGGAAAUAUUAUUAAGAGAUUCGCGUAAGUCACUCCUAGGAGAUUUAUCUAGCAGACAAAGGGAUUGCAUACGCAGUUUAGUUAGGCUUUGUGGUGUUACACCAUCAAUAUAUCACUUUCAUGGUGAUUUCUCAAUAUUGCUUUUAAAAGUACUGAUGGAUGAUGUGAGUGGUCCUUGUAUUUUAGAAUGGGACACUUUUAGCAUGCUUGUACCAUUGACAUUUACUAUUUCCAGUCUUUUCUGCAAAUAUGAUCAGUGUGCUAUUGCCUGUGGUGGAACUUUAGAUCACCACCUUCUCAAUUUACUCUUCUUAUCACACAUUGUAAAAAUAUUAAUCACAAUUGAUAUGGAUGUUUCAAAUAUGGACACAGAGGAUAUUGAACACAAUUGUACAGAAAUAGUAGAAUAUGCCAGAUUCAUAAAAAGGAUAUGCAAAUUAAGUACGAGUUUGAAUGAAAAUUCUCUAGAACAAAAUGUUAAACACGCUUGCAUGCCAUUUUUACGGUGCUGUGCAAUAUUUUACCAUUUUCUAACAGAUAUUCCAGCACCUAAUAGUUUAACGGAAAGUUUGGGUAAUUAUGAGGAAUUAUGUGAUUACUUAGGACUAGAAAGUAAUAUUAAUAAAAUGGUUAGUUAUAGUUAUGCAAAAGACUUAGCCAAAACUUGGUGUUCUAACAAGAAUGUUGCUGUAAGAUUACAAACUGAUAUGAAAGAUGGCUUGGUUAUACAACCCAUAGUUGUUCCCAAACUUGUGAAGUUACCUAAUGAUUAUAGUGAAUUAAUUAAUGCUGUAUCAUUAUUUACAUGUCCCAAUAGUGAAAGAGAUGAUUCUCGAAAUCCAACUAUGUGUUUAGUGUGUGGUUUAAUGUUGUGCUCUCAGAGUUAUUGUUGUCAAACCGAGCUGGAAAAAUCUCCUGUUGGAGCAUGCACUUAUCAUAGCCAAGUUUGUGGGGCGGGAGCAGGUGUUUUUCUAAGAGUGAGAGAGUGUGAAGUUCUUUUCUUAUCUGCUCACAGCCGAGGAUGCUUUGUGUCACCGCCUUAUUUGGAUGAGUAUGGGGAGACUGAUCAAGGUUUACGUAGAGGAAAUCCUUUAACAUUAUGUGCUGAUAAGUUCCAAAAAUUACAGCACAUAUGGCUAGGCCACGGCAUACAUGAAAUUAUUUCUAGAGCUAUAGAAACUAAUACUAAUUUAGCCACAGUUGCUACUCAGUGGCAGCACUUGUAAUUUGAAUUUUCAACAUCUUACAUAAAUUAAAAUUGAAGAAGUUACAGCGAAUGAUGUGUGUUAUAUUACCAGUCUUUAUAGCAUGUUGUUAGAUAUAUAAAUUAUAUAAUAUAUUGAAUAAAUAUAAUCAGACCUAU